GGGCUGUGACUGAUCCACGUGAUGGAAGAAGAGUUGCUUUAAAAAAGUUACCAAAUGUCUUUCAAAGUCUUGUGAGCAGCAAACGCGUGUUCCGGGAACUCAAGAUGUUAUGCUUCUUCGAACACGAUAAUGUACUGUCAGCUCUGGAUAUCUUGCAGCCGCCGCACGUCGAUUUCUUCCAAGAAAUAUAUGUGAUAACGGAGUUGCUUCAAAGUGAUCUUCACAAGAUAAUCGUCAGCCCGCAGCACCUCAAUCCGGAGCACAUCAAGAUCUUCCUCUACCAAAUUUUGCGGGGAUUAAAGUAUCUCCACUCGGCCAGGAUUCUUCACCGUGACAUAAAGCCGGGUAAUCUCCUGGUAAACAGCAACUGCGUGCUGAAGAUAUGCGACUUUGGGUUGGCAAGAGUUGAGGAGCCAGACAGGAACAAAUACAUGACCCAGGAGGUUGUCACGCAGUACUACCGCGCACCAGAGAUUCUUAUGGGAGCUCGUCAUUACACCGCUGCUGUGGAUGUCUGGAGCGUUGGGUGCAUCUUUGGCGAGCUUUUGUGCCGGCAGAUUCUCUUCCAGGCUCAGAAUCCUGUCGAGCAGCUUGACAUGAUAACGGAACUGUUGGGCACGCCGAAGAUAGAAGACAUGCGAUAUGCCUGCGAGGGCGCUAGGAUGCACAUGUUGAGAUGCCCACCAAAACGUCCUUCCUUGACGGCGCUGUAUACUCUGGGCAGUCAUGCCACUCACGAAGCCGUUCAUUUACUCUGUCAGAUGCUCGUCUUCGACCCCGACAAGAGAAUCACCGUCGUUAACGCCCUGGCGCAUCCUUAUCUCGAGGAUGGCCGCUUGAGAUACCACUCGUGCAUGUGCACGUGCUGUUAUGACACCAACUCAGGCCUGAGACAGUACACGCCGGAUUUCGAGCCUUCGACGGCUUAUCCUUUUGACGACCUGUGGGAGCGUAAGCUUACUAGUGUCCAGCAGGUCAAAGAGGAGAUGUACCGAUUUAUCGCUGAGCGAUUGGAUACACCGCGUGUACCUCUGUGCAUAAACCCGCAGUCCGCGGCAUUCAAAAAUUUCGCAAGUUCAACAGUGGCGCACCCUUCAGAACUGCCGCCGUCACCCCACCAGUGGGAAUAAGAACCGCCAUCUUGUCGGCAUAUUAAACUCGAGUGUUCUCGGAGAAACAAACCGCCUAAAAGGACCCUCAGACUGUCCUUUGACUCAAUUUAACCAGAGUUUAUCAUUAUAUCAUCUUCGCUGCACCAAGAUUUAAAAAAAAAAACAAAGUUAUUACGGGAAGAAGCCGCAAUACGUUCAUGAUCAGUUCAUGAAGGAGAGCCAAGAGAGACAAUAGACUGCCGAGUACUUGUAGCUUCGAUUUAUUUCAUACUAGCUGAUUUAAUAAUAAUAAUAAUAAUUAAUAUUAUUAAUUAUUACUGUAACUAUUGCAUAAGCAGAUUAGUAGUCUUACCUGGUUCUGUUUAAAUAGAAGAAACGAGUACAUAAGACUGGGGAAUUAAAAAAAUUAAAAGGGUAGCUAAUUUUCGAUUCCUAAGUAGACAAUUUGUAACAACGAGGCCAGUUUUUACACUAACUUAGGUUUCUUAUCUUCAUUAUUUGUCAACAAUAAUUAUUAUUGUUAUUUAAAGGCGUACGUAAUUUAAAGCUGGCGAGUUUUUAACUAUAAUUAUUUUAGUUUUAUUCAUUUUAUUAAUUAAGGUUAAGAGCGCAUUCGAUAAAGUUUUGUUUAUAAUUAAAUAAGAAAUUAGACUUAGCGCCCUCGGUG